GCCUGCCCCCUUUAGCAAUCGGAUGUUUACUUGCUUUGUCAGCUGUGUCCUCGCAGCCUAGCCUACUAUAGUCAACCUCCGAAUUGAUCAGAACCUCGGACUUGAACCCAGGAUAGCAAUAUAUCAGACCGCCAAGGUUCCUUGUCACUCAUUUCCUCUUCUCUGCUACAAUAGGACCUUGAACAAGGGCGCAUUACGUUCACUUUUGUUUUUUGCUAACCAGUAAAGAUGACAUUAAAAUCCAAUAAAAACGAACCCGCUGUCAUACUUGAGCGGGUCAACAGUGCUCGAACAGCCCUCUCCGACCUGUACCUGGAGCAGCUGCUUCAAAACAAACCAAAGCCAGAAAAGGGGGUUAUGCCAGCCUAUGAGACAAAAGGAGCAGAAGUAUACACCAACGGCAGUGCUGCUCACAUGAACGGAACUGAGCCAACUAGGAUGCGUGAGGUGGCGUUUGAAAAAAAUCCCUCAGAGCCCAUGGGGGUGACUCUGAAAUGUAAUGGAAAACAGAAGUGCACUGUGGCCAGAAUAUUACAUGGGGGAAUGAUACAUAGACAAGGUUCCCUACAUGAAGGGGAUGAAAUAGCAGAGAUCAAUGGAACGAGUGUGGCCAACCAAUCUGUCGACCAGCUACAAAAGAUCUUGAAAGAUACCAGCGGAGUAGUCACAAUGAAAAUCAUCCCCAACCAGCCAAGGUGCUCUCUUGUGUGUGAGCUGUUCUGUGUUACUCAACAGACGUACAUGAGGGCUCAGUUUGACUACGACCCUGCCAAGGAUGACCUCAUCCCAUGCAAAGAAGCAGGGCUGAAGUUCAAAACGGGCGACAUCAUUCAGAUCAUCAACAAGCAUGAUCCAAACUGGUGGCAAGGCAAGGUGGACAUCUCUACCACCGACUUUGCUGGAAUCAUCCCCUCCCCAGAACUUCAAGAAUGGCGGGUGGCAAGUAAAAGCAAGGCCACAGAGGGCACCCAAUCCUGCAGCCCCUUUGGAAAGAAGAAGAAGUGCAAAGACAAGUAUCUGGCCAAGCACAGCUCUAUCUUUGACCAGUUGGACGUGAUUUCUUAUGAAGAGGUUGUCCGGCUCCCUGCCUUCAGCAGAAAAACCUUGGUGCUUAUUGGUGCACCAGGUGUAGGAAGGAGCCAUAUCAAAAGCUCGUUGCUGACCAAAUACCCAGAGAAGUUUGCCUACCCCGCACCACACACCACCAGACCCCCACGUAAGGACGAGGAGAACGGGCAGGAGUACUACUUCAUCUCCAACGACGCCAUGACCAAGUGCAUCACUGGGAAUGAGCUGCUGGAGUAUGGCAGCUUCCAGGGGUUCAUGUUUGGAACCAAAAUGGAGACUAUCCAGAAGAUCCAUGAGCAAGGAAAAAUUGCCCUGCUCGAUGUGGAGCCACAGACAUUGAAACUCUUGCGGACGGCAGACUUUGCGCCUCUAGUGGUGUUCAUUGCACCUACCAACUCAGCUACCCAGUCGGAAGCUGUGCUGUCGAUCCAGAAGGAGUCAGAUGCCAUCCACUCCACCUACAGACACUUCUUUGACGUGCUGCUGGUUAACAACGAUGUUGAUGAGAGUGUGAAAGGAGUGGAGGCGGCCAUAGAGCAAGCCACUUCCACCCCACAAUGGGUGCCGGUUUCCUGGGUCUACUGACCCGUGUCCCCCUGAAGAACAGUCUAACAAAACUGUUUUAAUAACACAAGACCUGGUCACGCAUUACUGAUACACCACAAGGUUUGGGUAGCAGCUAAUCGCCAUGGUUACUGUCAAUAAGUUUUGCACAAGUGCAUUUAAAAAAAGCAAUACAGAAGAUACCAUUUUAUUUUAGAAAGUAGAAUGAAACUCACCACAAAGGGAUAUUUUACAUGUUUGUAAGAUCUUAGUGCUUCUGGCUUUUCAGGUGCAGAAUGAUGGGUGCCAUAUGACUGCAGCUGAUUAUUAGCAUGUUAAUGCAUAGAGGACCACUACUGUGAACGUAACACCACUUUACCUGACAGGGUUUCAUCAUCAGUAUCCUUAUCUCGGGUGGAAUUGUAAACAGGGUGUCAUGAAAUGUUACAUAACUAUAUUGUCAAUAUGGUCAUGUAUUAAAAUACAGGGAAAACGUGUGUUCUACAUGAAA